AGCUUGAAGUGUACGAGUAACAAACCACUCCUAAAUUAAUCGCAGUUACUAACACAAGAAUUAUCUCCUUUUGGGGAGAUUAAAUAGUAUGUUCGACAUAGUUUGAACUGGAUUAAUAGCUCUAUAUUUAGCCGUUCACACGUCGAUUUAGCUUACUUUUCUCCUCAUCGCGUGUGGAUUUUAAAGUGGACUUCUGGUGAAUGCGGAUAAAAGAUCAGUUUAGAAUACACGCAACUUGAUCAACUGUCAAAAAAUGUCGUUGAAAGGUUCAGCUCUGACUGCGUGUCAAACUGAAACUUUAGGCGGACCCGUAUGACUAAAAUCCACUCUGAUGGAAACAAGUUACAAAGUGAAUCAUUUCUGUUGUCCUUCGUCCAACACAUCCUGGCUAAAACAAUGCCAUUCCCUUUUGGGAAGUCUCAGAAGAGCCCUGCAGAGAUUGUGAAGAGUCUGAAGGAGAAUGUGGCAUACUUGGAGAAGCUGGAGUCAUCUGAAAGCAAGAAAUGGGAAAAGGUUGCAGAGGAAGUAUCAAAAAAUCUUGCGUCGUUGAAAGAGGUGCUGUGUGGCACUGGAGACAAGGAGCCUCAGACUGAGGCAGUGGCUCAACUGGCUCAGGAGCUCUACAACACCAACCUCCUCAUUUCCCUCAUAGCAAACCUACAGAGGAUUGAUUUUGAGGGAAAGAAGGAUGUGGUGCAUCUGUUUAGCAACAUUGUGCGUCGCCAGAUUGGCGCUCGCACCCCAACUGUGGAGUACAUCUCUUCCCACUCACAGAUCCUCUUUAUGCUGCUGAAGGGCUAUGAAACCCCAGAAGUGGCCCUUAACUGUGGCUUGAUGUUGAGGGAAUGUCUGCGUCAUGAACCUCUGGCCCGAAUCGUUCUGUUCUCUGAGGAGUUCUACUGCUUCUUUCGCUAUGUGGAGCUAUCUACAUUUGACAUUGCCUCUGAUGCUUUCGCCUCUUUUAAGGAUCUGCUGACAAGACACAAGAUCAUGUGUGCAGAUUUCUUGGAGUCAAAUUACGACAGACUGUUCACAGAGUAUGAAAGGCUGCUGCAUUCGGACAAUUAUGUCACCAAGCGCCAGUCUCUGAAGCUCUUAGGAGAACUAUUACUGGACAGACACAACUUCACAGUCAUGACCAAAUACAUCAGUCGAGCUGAGAACCUAAAGCUGAUGAUGAACAUGUUGAGAGACAACAGCCGUAACAUCCAAUUUGAAGCCUUCCAUGUCUUUAAGGUGUUUGUGGCUAACCCCAGUAAGACCCAGCCGGUGCUGGACAUCCUCCUCAAGAAUCAGUCCAAGCUGGUGGAAUUCCUGAACCACUUUCAAAUGGACCGUUCUGAAGACGAGCAGUUCUGUGAUGAGAAGAACUAUCUCAUUAAGCAGAUACGGGACCUCAAACGGCCUGCACCUGCAGAGGAGUCCUAAUGGGAAAACGUGGAGUGUAGAACCAGGGAGCUUGGCUAGUGAAGUAGUUUGAUUUAUGUGGGUGAGAAUUGGAUGGUAGGGAAAAAAGUCUAAGAAAAAAAGGCUGGCAUCACUCGGAAUAAAUCUCUUUACAUCCAACUUCUGAAACGGGUAGAGAAAUGCUGUCAGGAUGUGCAAACACCUGUCUGUCCCUUUACUUGGGGGCGAGCAGGUUCAUGCUGCAGGAGGUGCAAGUGGAACCCAAGCACUCUAUUUAAACCUGUAUACAUUUUUAGCACUGCCCCUAAAAAAGAAGUAUAGUUGAUUUACCUUUAGACGGUAAAUCUUAAAUUGAAAAAUGUAUCCAAAUUCAUCAGAAUGAAAAGUAUAUUGAAAGCCUAAUCAAGCCUUUUUAAUAUAUUUAAAAGAAAGUAUUAGUAUAUUGGUACAGGUAUGGCUCUGCAUAUUUGCACUAAAUCUGGUAGCUUUGCUCCAGGUAGGCCAUUAGUGCCAGUUCAUAAACCAAAUAUUAAUGAACACUUUAAAAAUUAAAACGAUAGGUCACAAAUACAGGACAUUAUGGGGCCUUCAACUGGACAUUCUCACGUUUAAACUAGUUAAGGGACAUUAAAGCAUUUUUAUAUCCUGAAAAUGUCAUGUGGUCAAGUGAAAUGUGAUGGAAAAAGUAGCUCAUAGAGUUAAGUGGUCAUGUUAGAUGCUGCACUUAAUUUCCAUUUUAACUGGGUGCCUUAUUUAAGUAGCUUGGUCAUUCUGGGUCUUCUAUUACAUUUAUAUUUAUCUAUAACAUUGGAUUUGUAGUAUUCUGCUUUUGCUUGGGUUAACACCUUAGGAGAACUAGUUUUAUUUAAACUAUUAAAAAAACAUAUAUAAUGAU